AUGACACGCCCGGAGAAGAAGGCCAGACCUGGGCCCAGAAAUCGCGUUGCAGCAGCAGCAGCAGCUGCUGCUCCUCCAGCAGCAGCAGCCAGCAGCAGCGCAAGACCCUCUGAGCCACCAGCACCACCGCUGGCCGAGCCACUGCCAGCCCAGCCGCUUGCGCCACCACCACCAGGGCUGGUGGGAUAUGGGCAAAUUACUGACCCAGUGAUGUGUGAAAUCUUGCGUGAUUAUCGCAUCUCUACGACCGUGGGCAGCAGAUUGUCAACUUUGUCCCUCGUGUCCCAGGCUGCCAUUUUGUCCAGGCUUCUGUACAAGCGGGCCCAAGAUGAUGAGUCCUUUGAUGGCUGGCUCAUGAAGGCAAUCCGCCGCUCUGAUUCAAAUAAGCUGGUCCAUCCACGGCUAACUUUGGAUGGGGAACAUGUCAAUGUUUGA